AUGGAGUUAUCUGAUCAAAAUCCCUUAAAUGAAGAUCUUUUAGCCAACUUAGUAGCAGCACAAAAUGAACAUGCAACAAGAGAAGUUCAAGCAAAUACUCUUAUGAGACUUAAAUCAAGAGCAAAAUGGAUUAAAGAUGGUUCUGCAAACACUGCAUACUUCCAUGCUAGAAUGAAGAUUAGACAAGCAAGAAAUACAAUUAGUGAACUAGAAGAUGCAAAUGGAAAUAUUAUUAGUGAUCAAUCUCAAAUUGCAGAUACUUUAGUCAAGCAUUUUCAACAAAAAUUUGAAGCUCAAGAUGUUGAUGUUUCUGAAGAAUUGCUUGAUGUUAUUCCCUCAGUUAUUACAUAUGAAGACCAAGAAAUGUUGGACUCCAUUCCCACCACUGAAGAAAUCAAGAAAAUUGUUUUUGAAAUGGACUCAGAUAGUGCCCCUGGUCCAGAUGGAUUUCCUGGAUCCUUUUAUAAAAGUUGUUGGGAUAUAAUUCAAUUGGAUUUAAAAGAUGCCAUACAAUUUUGUUGGAGAAGAAGAUUUAUCCCCAAAGGCCUGAAUUCAAAUUUCUUAACCCUCAUUCCUAAAUGUGCAGGUGCUAAGAAAGCAAGUCAAUAUAGACCAAUUGGAUUGAGUAAUGUAUUAUUCAAAAUUUUCACAAAGAUAAUUUCUGUCAGAAUGAAUGGACUCAUGGAGAAGUUAAUUUCAUCACAACAGGCUGCUUAUGUUAAAGGAAGAAGCAUUCAAGAACAAAUACUUCUAGCUUCAGAGAUGGUAAAUGAAAUGAGGAAAAAGAGAAGAGGCGGUAAUGUGGCUUUUAAACUGGACAUAUCACAGGCUUAUGAUUCUCUGAUUGAAAAAUAUCAACAUAGCUCUGGCCAGAUGAUUAACAAAGCCAAAAGCAAGUGUUUCAUUGAUGGUACUAAUUCAACCAGAAAGCAACAAAUUAGCAGCAUAGUUGGUAUGGAUAUAUCUAAUUUUCCUGAUAAGUAUCUUGGUAUCAUUCUAGCUCCAGGAAGAGUAACUACUGAAAUGCUACCCUCUUUACAAUAUGGCAGUUUUAAAUGGCCAUCUUCAGUUAUUAAGAUAUGUGAAAAACUAAUAAGGAACUUUCUAUGGUCAGGUGAUGGAGAGGUUAGAAAGUACAAAACUUUAUCUUGGAAGAAGAUCUGUGUGCCAUAUAUUGAAGGUGGCUUGGGUAUUAGAAGGCUAGAAGUUCUUAACAAAAUUUUGCUGAAAAUGAUGUGGAAAUUGGUAUACUCAUCAGAUGAAUGGGCUCUGUUUUUUACAGCUAAGUUCAAAGAUAAAUAUGGUAUAUGGUUUUCAAAAUGGAAAUUAUCAUCAGUAAGAUCAGGUUUGCAAUGGGCUUGGCUUACUUUACAAGAAGACAUCUCUUGGAAGAUUGGAAAUGAUGCUAGCAUCUCAGUAUGGUUUGAUAACUGUGGAAAUGAUUCCAUAAUAUGGAACCUACAUAGUAGUGGAAUAUUUAAUAAUGCAAAGGCAGUGGAGAAAAUAAGACACAAGGAAGACAAAGUAGAUUGGUCUUCUUAUAUAUGGAGGAAAUCUUUGCACCCAUCUAUUGCCAGCAACAUUUGGAAGUUUAUACAAGGAGUUUAUGUGAAUGAUGUCAUGAAAAGAAAACAAGGAUAUGAAAUGCCAUCUAGAUGUUGUAUCUGCAAAUCAGAGCAGGAUUUUAUGGAGCGCACACUGUGGAUUUGUGAAUUCAGUGUUCAGCACAGUCCUAUCAUUGAUGAAGUAUGGAUAAUCUCUGCUUGUACUGUCAUUAAGGAGUUGUGGUUUCAAAGAAACAGAGUUUUGUUUGAAGGAGGUGAUGUUAAUAUUCAUGGUUUCAAGCACAGGGUUAUGAAGAUUGUUCAAGAUCAUGGUGUCAGAAUAAAAGGGGUCAGGUGGAACAAGGACUAUGAAAACCAAAUACUUAGUCGCUUUAAAAUUGAUUCUUAA